AUGUCGGCGCGGCCGUCGUUUCUCCCUCCGCGCGACUCGCACGCGUCGACGUUGCCUCUGCGCCCGCUUCAGCGAUCCGGGUCGCUGCCGGCAGCUUCGCCUGGGCCCUCGAUGCCUUCCGAGGCGCGGCCCCACUCAGAGGGCGCGCUCGCCGCUGCCUCCGCGGAUCUCCCUGCGCCGGAGUCUGUCUCCUCGUCGAGUGCCGAGACUCCCUCCGCGGCCGCCGUCUCCCCCUCUGCGCCUGGCGCCCGCGACAGACACUCAGCAGACAGCAGCCCAGCGAACUCCGCGCGCUCCGUGGACUCUGCGGACUCUGCGGGUUCGCCUAGCGGCGCCCAGCCGCGGCGGAGACCGUCUGACUCGCGCGACGAGGCCUUCAGCAACCGCAGCGAAGAGAAAGUCAAGCUCAUGAGGAUGGAAGAGGCAUCAGAGGGUCGCAGGAACAGCCUUGGAGACGCCACGGCGGAGACCGCGAGCGCAGCCGCCGCAGACCCCCGCGCGCGAGAGAGCUCCCCGCGUCCUUCAGGCGACGCUGACGCGGCCGCUGCCACGGCAGAGGACGCGCCCUCGGCUUCGGGUUCCCGGGCAUCUUCGCCGCGCGCCGACGAGGAAGAGAUCGUUGCCACGUGGGUCGUCGACACCGCGCUCUUGACCGACCGAGGAGACUUCCGCGAGGCCGUGGAGCCUAACGGCGCGGAGCCCGACAGGGCGGAGCCGCCGCGCGAUGGUCGCGGCGCCGGCGAGAGGGGCGAGAGGGGCACGCCGGCGAGUGAGCGGUCUGCGGCAGGCGCGGCGGACUCGAGCGAAGAGGAAGACGAGUGGGAGGACGUCGAAGAGGGCGACAGCAGCGAUCUCCAGAGCGCCAGCGGCAAGAGCGAAGCUGGCGACGCAGAGCCGCGUCCGCCGGGCAUCGGCUGCGCACACUACAGACGGAAGUGCAAGCUCGUCGCGCCUUGCUGCGGAGAAGUAUUCUGGUGUCGGCACUGUCACAACGAAAUAAAGUCUGAAGCUGAGCGAGACUACAAGAAGGCGCACGACCUCGAUCGCUACGCCGUGACGGAGAUCAUCUGCGCACUCUGCGACACGCGGCAGUGCGUGAGCAACACGUGCGUUCAGUGCGGCGCGGCCUUCGCGGCGUAUUUUUGCAAAAAAUGCAACUUUUGGGAUGACGAAGGAGUCACUAAGGAGGUCUAUCACUGCGACGACUGUGGUCUCUGCCGCACGGGCGGUCAAAGCAACUACUUCCACUGUCAGACCUGCGGCAGCUGCUACUCGACGCUGAUUCGCGAUACUCACAAAUGCGUCGAGAAAGCGAUGCACCAGCCGUGCCCCAUCUGCUGCGAAAACAUGUUCACGAGUGUGCGACAAGUUCACGUGCUCAAGUGCGGCCACACGAUGCAUGCGGAGUGCCUGCGACAGCUGAACUCGGAGUGUCUCGGUUUGCAAGCACUGCGCUGUCCGCUCUGCUGCAAGAGCCUCGGAGAGUACGGAAAGAUUUGGGAGCGGCUUGACGAAGAGGUUGAGCGAACGCCGCUGCCAGACGAGUUGAAGCGAAAAGCGUUUGCGAAGUGCAACGAUUGCGACGCGAAAACCCAAGUCGACUAUCACAUUGUCGGGCUCAAAUGCGGAAACUGCGGCGGCUACAAUACGCGCGAAGUGAACCCGUGA